AAUCCCGGAUUGUACUUUAUAGUCUCAGAGCUCUUCGUGCAGUUCUCACAGUAGCGUUCAAACACUGAGCACAGUGGAUAGUCUUAGACAGUGGAUUAACUUCAUACAGUUUGGGAAGCCAAUUGUCACACAUUGCAACUCCAGCAUGCCUGUUUCAAGAAUGAGAAUGAGACCCUGGCUGGAAGCCAAAAUUGACUCCAAUGCCAUCAAUGGAUUAAUCUGGAUAAACAAGGAGAAGAAGAUCUUCCAGAUUCCUUGGAAACAUGCUGCUAGACACGGAUGGGAUCUCGACAAAGAUGCCUGUCUUUUCAAACAGUGGGCCAUACACACAGGAAAGUACAAACAAGGUGUACAUGAGCCAGACCCAAAGACAUGGAAAGCCAAUUUCCGGUGCGCAAUGAACUCGCUUCCAGACAUCGAGGAAGUAAAAGACCAAAGUGUCAACAAAGGCUCCAGCGCUGUUCGUGUCUAUAAAAUGCUACCACCCAUCUCCAAGAAAAGAGAUAAGAAGUCAUGUACGAAAGAAACCAAAAACAGAAACAGAAACAAGGGAACGCUACCAAAGGUAAAAGCUGAAGAUUCAGACUACAGAGAACCACACCUUCCAGAUGACCAUAGCACAUACACAGCUCAGGAAGAACAUUCAAGUGAAGAGGUAGACAGCACCGAAAAUGAUUUAGAUUUCACAGAUUCACAAUUUCAGGAAGACACGAUGGUGGUACCUUCGGAUUGGACGAAUACUGUGGAGAUAUCAACAGCUGACAGCACAAAUGAAAUCUAUCAGUUCCAAGUGUCACCCAUACAUUCGCCAGAACUGGAAAGUCUUCAGGAAGUCAUUCAGAUGGCACAAGAAUUGGAACAAGAUCAGUCUCAGUGGCAACAAAGCAAUAUAAAUGGCAAAGGUUUCCUGAGCAAUGCAGUAGGCACAUCAGAAACAGUUCACAAUACCGAAAGCCACUGGAGCGAUACUGCAGAAGUCGAAUUAAGAUUUUACACUGAACUGAAAGGAGGAGUAAACUUGGAUCUUGUGAGCUACCUCGACCCUUGGACCUCAAACAGCACAGCAAACCUACAACAAAUUGUCUGCCCUCUCUAGUUCCAGUUGUAAAUAAUCCCAGAACAUAAAAGACUGUUUUUCAACUCGGGGGACUUCAAUUAAUAUUUUUGGACAUUGUCUCUGUUAUUCAGUUGAUUGCCUUUGAGGACUAAAGAAGGAUUAUUUUGGCAAAAGGAAUAGGACCACAAAAAAUGUUUCUAAUUCAGUGUUUUCCUUUUGUGAAAAUUUGUUGCACUCAGACAAAGCACAGAGGUGCUUUGACUUCUCUUCCCUGAUUUAACCUAUGAUGAUGGCACAAGAUGUUUUGCUAUAACAGGUGUUGUGAGAAAAAUUAUGCUGUGAGUUAUUAUAGUGAAUCUAAAAGGGCAGUUAAGUGGGACAUAUUUAAAUGCAUGCACUUUACCACCAUUACAUUGUGCCUUUUAUAGAUACAGUACUUCUUGUUAGAAUUGUCUUAAACUUGACAAAGGUCUUUUAACUGGAAAAAAAUAAACUAUUGUCCAACUUCACUUUCUAUACAAAAAAAAACAAAAGCAAACUGCUGUUCCGUUAUUUGCAUUGUCCUUUAGUUUUGUAAACAAUAUUUGUGUAUUCCAAGAGCAACAGGACUGUACAGCAUCCACUUAUGACAUUCUUACAUGCAGAAAUGUAUUGUCAGCUAUGUACAAAUGUAAAUAUUGUAAAUUAUAUUUGGUUUUGUUAAAAAAAUAAAAAAGGUUUUUUCAAAUUG